GAGUCCGCCUCGCAUCGCAGAUGCGUGCUUCCCCGCCGCCCCAUGCGUUUCUUCAUCUCGCUGCUCUCUUCUCUAGUCCCAGCCGCUUGGUUCUUCUAUGAGUUCUAUCCUUGGCAAUGCGCGCGCGCGCCCGCGGAGAGCAUCUCUUUUGGCUGCAAGUUUCGACUGGAUUUUUUUUCUUCUGUCUGUCCUUUCUCUUUGUCUCAUAUACUCCAGUAGGAAAGAAGCCCACCUUUUUGGGGAAUUCUUGAUGUGGAUCAUGGAACGGUUAGAAUGAGUGGCUUGCGAAGUAAUUUUAGGGCCUGAUUUUGACGAUGGCGGUGUGAUGUACUCGGCAAUUUGUGCCUCAACCCCACUUCUCUGCAUCAUUGCAUUGUUAUAAGGACGUUACUGAAGAAGGUGAUGCUCAUCCACAGUUGCUGCAAACAACAAACUGGGUUGAUCGCAACAGCCUGCGUACUGUUGUUUUUCCUGCUCCUCUUUAUCUUUGAUUCACCACAUACGAUCUUCCUGAAGAAGCAACAUUUCCACGUUACCGUAGCAUCCUCUAGAUCACUGCGCGAGAUCGACACCAACUCGAGGCCUGUUCACGACGACUCACGAAUGGAAGACAGCACUCAUAACACAACCAACAGCACCGCGAGUAAGAUGUCUGGGUGGAUCAUUUUGAAGGAGGAGUUAACAUUUCCAGCUGGAACUGCCCCUUUUAAUAGCUGCCAUGCUUCCACUAUUGUUGAGGUUGAGAAAGACAAUUUUUUGGUGGCUUAUUUCGGUGGAUCCAAGGAAGGUGCUCCGGAUGUCAAAAUCUGGUUGCAGAGAUACGGUGAUGGUUACUGGCAUCCUCCCAAAGUUGCUGAUGAACAAGAUGAGGUGCCCAUGUGGAAUCCUGUACUUUUCAAACUCCCCUCUCGCGAGCUGCUCCUGUUUUACAAGAUUGGUCAAGAAGUUCAGAAGUGGAGUGGUGCCAUGAAAAGAUCGCUUGAUGGCGGCAUAUCCUGGUCACAGAGAGAGCAGCUACCGGCUGGUAUUCUUGGCCCUAUUAAGAACAAGCCUUUCCUGCUUGAAGAUGGUCGUCUACUAUGUGGGUCAUCAGUAGAAAGCUGGAACUCUUGGGGUGCAUGGCUUGAGGUCACAAAAGAUGCUGGACGGACAUGGCGGAAGUAUGGUCCUAUAUACGUAGAAGGUGAAACACUUGGGGUGAUUCAGCCAGUUCCCUACCAGACUGCUAAUGGGACUAUUCGGGUGCUUCUGAGAUCUUUUGAGACAAUCGGUCGAGUCUGCAUGGCAGAUUCCAUUGAUGGAGGUGUUACAUGGAGUUAUGUGCAUAAGACCGAGCUUCCUAAUCCAAAUUCUGGGAUUGAUGGAGUUAAGAUGAAGGAUGGAAGAGUUCUACUUGCUUACAACACCUUCUCUAGGGGCACGCUCAAAAUUGCAAUCUCCACAGACGACGGUGAUUCAUGGAAAGAAGUAAUGACAUUAGAGGACACCAAAGGUAUGGAAUUUUCAUAUCCUGCGGUAAUCCAGACCAUGGAUGAGCUUGUACAUAUUACAUACACAUACAACCGGACACAGAUUAAGCAUGUAGUUCUUCAACCUAGUCGGAUAAGGAGGUUGUAAGUCUGCUACUAUUGGGAGACUUAUGGAUGUCAAUCGCACCUCACUUCACUUCAUCUCCACAUGGGGUGACCAUUUCAUCAGAUUGGCCAAAUUGUGUGUUGUACUUUUCUGCCCAACUAAUGCUAAAUACAGCUUUGUAUGUUUGUUCGUCUGAAUAAUUACUUGUAAUUGCAUCCCAAAGAAUACUUUUGCAAGCUUAUCAUAAUAAGUAUAAGAAUUUGGACAA